GCCUUACCAUUACCGUACUAGGGGAGAAGCUGGCUAUGCGAUAUUGGGUUCUCAACCCUCAAUCACGCGCACAGAGUCUAUGGCUACCUUAUCAUCGAGUUGUGUGCUGGCAUCCUUAUGGCAGCGACGUUAAAGAUGUCGGACCGAAGGCAGAAAUCAUACUUAGAUUUCCCUAGUCCAACGCUAGUCACCACGACAUACCAGUAACCAUUGCUUCUAUUGCCAGGUUACGAGCUAUGGAUCCGGAAUGGGGCGAUGAGUCUGAAGCCUCAACUGUCGGCGACGAGCAGGAGGAUACUAUCAAUGAGAUUGUCGCCGAAGUUAUCGAUCAGAUUCUCACGGAAUUUAGCCGACAACUCGGGAUUCGACAACCGGAAGACUCGUCACCGCCACGUUCAUUGGAGCCCAAGGUGCCCGAGACUGAGGAAGAGUAUCGAGAAUAUGUCUGGAGUUACAUUGAGAAUAAACUCCGUUCGUAUUAUCAACCGGGUGACCAAUACGUGGAAGAGAUAGUGAAAAGUGCAGCUGUCCGCGCCAGGAGUCUCACACAGAAGUAUGAGUUGAAAGCUGAAACCACGCCAAAGUUGGCCAUUAUGGCCUUAUAUGACUUUGUGAUACUUUGCGACGAUAGCAAGUCGAUGAGAAAAGACAAGGGCACUCGCAUACGGGCUCUCGAAGAAACUUGUCAACGUGUUGCUGAAAUCGCUAGCGCUGUACACGAACAGGACGUGUAUCUCCGGUUUCUAAACAAUGCAGAAGAUCGGCAUUUAAACAAGUUGUCUCCUAAUGAGAUCCAAGGUCAAAUGAAGAAGAUAAAGUAUUCUGGGUUGACCAGACUGGGAACUGUGCUCAGAACCAAAAUCGUUGAGCCUCUCAUUUACGAUCCUGUGAUAAAUGGCCUGUCUGCGAAGCCAGUGAUUACUAUUGUCGUAACCGAUGGACGUCCAGAAGGUGAACACGAGAACUGUUUUGGGGAGACUAUCUUGAACUGCAAACAGAGGCUGAGUGAACUUUCCAUGCAGCCAGCUGGUGCGGUGUUUCUCAUCUCCCGAGUUGGCAAUGAUGCCAAUGCAGAGACAUUCCUGAGUAAUCUCAAGAUGAAUGAGGAACUACGAGAGAUGCUCUAUUGUUGCCAGGACCAGCUGGAUGAGCGACGGGAAGUAUUCCGUAGAGCUGGCAAAGAUGGUCGAUACUCUUCGUAUCUUAUUGAAUUAUUUGUCGCCGCACUAGAUAGCCAGGCUAGAUAGACUAAGUCAGUGACUCCCAACAUUUCAUAUGAGAGUACAUUCUCUGUAUAUAGCCUGAAAUAUAGUCCAG